AUGGAAGGUGAUGAAAAAGACGACAUACUUUCAUUUUGGAAACAACAUAAACAAUCAUUUCCAUUAAUUGCAUCAAUUGCUCGUGAUAUAUUAGCUAUUCCUGCUUCGAAUACGUCGGUUGAGAGACAAUUUUCUGCAUAUACACGUUUUAAUGGAGCAUAUGCAAUGUUAAAUGUAUUUUCAAGUAUUUUUGAUGAAUUAGUUCAAAUACUAGAUUCGAAAUUAUUAACAACUUAUUCUCGUAUAAAUGAUGAUUUUUUACUUGAUAUAUGCCGAUUUUUAUUACUAUUUGAUACAGUUAUUAAAGCUUUAAGUGAUGAUCGACGACCGACACUCCAUCGUGUGUUACCAUUCAAACAGUAUUUGAUCAACAAAUGUGAAAUUGAUAAUGAUGAUAAUGAAGAUUUCAAACAAGUAAAAUGCUUCUUGGGCAAACGUUUGGAUGAAAAAUUGGAACUAACCGAUGAACAUCUUAUUGCGGCAGUACUUCAUCCAAACAAUAAACAUUUACAUAAAAGUCCUCAUUUGAAAGAACGUGUAAUACUUUUAUUAAAAUAA